GACAACACUGCUGACCCUGCUGACAGUUCGUCUGACGGAUUUGCUGUUUUUAUUUCUGCUGUUUUUUCUCAACAUUAUUCCGAAGAAGUCCACAUCUUCCACAAAAGUAAGAACAGGACUCUGCUCAUUUGUUUGCUACCAAAAUGCCCGAAAGAGAAGGAAGGAAUAUUUUGGAUAGUUUUGCGAUUUCUGUCGGAAAGGUCAUCGAUGGACCUGUAACUUGGUUCCGAGAAAAAGUCGUCGAACCGAAUCAACAGGACUAUCCAUGGUAUCAUCAGGAGUAUCGUCGCGUUCCGACAAUUGAUCAAUGCUACACGGACGAUCCAGUCUGUAAUUUCGAAGCGCAACAACAAUUCCGUCGUGAUAAGAUGGUCGAAAAUGAAAUUCUCAGCAUUUUGCGUCAACGUUUCGAGGACUGUGUGUUGUACGAGGCUCCGGAUCAUAUGGCAAAAUGCCGAGGAGUUUUGGAUACGUAUGAAAAGGCUGCCGAGAACUGGUUUACCAAGUACGGUGAUUUGGGUGGCUUUGGCACUGUUAAGGAUGCGUACAUGAAGCAAAAGCAUCGUAUGAUUUGGGAAAGACGUCACGGCCCAGUUGGCACCGGUAUGAAGACAUCCGAGUAGAAUGCACUGACCGCAAAACUAGCAUUUUGAAUGUAGACCGAGGUAUUUGUAAAUAAAAAUUUGGAAAAAUGAAA